UACUCGUUGCCCUGCUACUUUUAACACUCGCUUUUCGUACAUCGUCUUCUCCAGCAAACCUUUCGGGUUCCCUUCUCGAUCGUACCUUUACCGGCCAUGGAUAUCAACGACCAGAUUGAAGACCUCGAGGCAAACAUCGACGAGCUUUCCGAGGCGCUUAUCCCUCUGCUCAACAACCCGCUUGCGACCACCAUCUCAACGCUGCCCCUUCUGGACAAAGCAAAACUUUACGUACUGCUUUCCUACUCGAUCGAAUCGCUGCUCUUCUCUACGUUGCAGAUUUCGGGCGAGAACGCUCGCGAGCAUGCCGUCUUCGCAGAGUUGGCCCGACUCAAAGGGUACUUUCAGAAGAUCAAGGAUGCCGAGUUGGGUUCCGAGCCAAAAACAAGACUAGACAAAGGCGCUGCCGCGCGCUUCAUUAAACACGGUUUGGCAGGAAAUGAUCGUUAUGAUAAGGAGAGAGCCGAAAGAAUUGCCAAAGAAAAGGCCAAAGUUGCUUUGAUGAAGGCAAAAGGAAAACACACCAAAUUCGAAGAUGCCGCCGAGAACAGAGUGAACGACACAAUAGAAGUAAAAGGACGGGGACUAGAUCAAAGUUCCUCGGGCCUCGUCAGCGAAACUACAGACCAUCCAAGUGAAGAGCCCGCCGGUACAUCACCAGGAAUGCCCAAGCGGGCGUCAGCUACCGGGAUUAAUGACUCUUCACCACAAAACGAUGCCGGAUUUACGCCAUACGUAUCGAAGUCAGCGAAGAAGCAGGAGGCCAAAGAGGCAAGGAAAGUCGGGAGGACAGCAGAGAAGAAGGCCCGACAAGCACAGCGGCGGGAGAAGAAACAACAACAGAGGCUAGAACGGGCACGAGGUGGAGGAGCAGGUGGGCAGGGAGAAGAACAGAUCAUCCCUGAGAGAGGGCAUGCGCCGAAGAGCCACAGCGAGGCCUUCAAUGCCUUAUUGGACGGCACAUUCAAAGGCAAGGCAACAAGUAAGGGGAAGAAGGCUAGAAAAUCCUAGACCUGGCUUAGGGGAGUUGACGCCAUGGAGUAGGAUAGAUCUAUACCGAACACUCAAUAUAGUGUUCUGGCAGUGGUACGCUCUGGUUCUUUAUGUCCCUAUGUAGCUGUAUAACAUCGAAGGUGGAGUAAUAAAUGAUACCCAUUAUCCAAUCAAA